UCGGGUCGUUCAAGAGUUUUGAUAGACUAUUACUGAAAUUUCAAAAGAAAUAUACGUGUACCUAUACAGAAAUGGAUCGUGGCCUGGGAUAACACACAAGAUUAUUUAUUUCUUUAAUUAUUUAAACAGUGUGAUACUUAGAUACAUUUCACUUCUUAAAAUAAAUCUAGCCAACCAAUUAGGUUAAAUUCCCUACAUCAUAAAAUAUGUAUAGUAAAUCUUAAUAUUGCUUUAUUCCUAAACUACUGCGGAUACCAUGUUCCUUCGCAUUAUUACGUAAAUGCGUACGCAAUUUUAACGAGUAUGAGGGACCAUUGGUUUUAUUAAGCCGGUUUCCAAUUUGAAUACAGUUGGUAACGUUACCUAAGGGCUCUUUUGCUAAGGAACAAACAUUUUUAUUGUGCUCGAGUCUGAAUAGGGGGGUUGGAGUGGGGUGGCUGGUGCCCUGCGCGCAUGCUCCAUUCAGUCGGCGACCCGGUGCGACCCUCGUCAACUUCAGUCCACACCUGAGGAGCUCAAGGCGAUCCCUCGUGUUUCUACACUUCAAGCGAUUUUAGGACUAUAAAAUCCUACACUAUUCAAAAAAAUGAUGAAGCCGAAAUUAACAAGCCAUCCUCAUCUAUACGAAAGACUCUUUAAACAUCAAACAUUGUGACGCACAACCACCACAUAAGUUUCGAAUUACUUUAUUUCUAAAUAUUUAAAAUUUAUAACUAGUUUACCAAUUGCUUUUAAAGUCGUAACUAAUUAUUACCUGUAAAUCUUUAGCUACUAUUUAUAUGCAUAUUCUAUAGUUAUUUUUCUAUAAAGGAAUGGAAAUUCGACUGUUUAAAGAUAAGAAAGGAUUGUUUUCGACAAGUGUUAAGGAAUUAAUAUAAAUAUAGAGCCAAGCUUAUCGUUAACUAUGGUAAUAUUUGCGUUUGGUUAGGUGCUACAGAAAUGUUUUUUUAUAUGAAAAUUUAUUAGUGAUUCGACAGUUAUUGGAAAGGCAAAAUAAUGGAACCGUUUUCUGAUGAUUUGCUAUGGCUAGUGGUUAGUGGGUUUGUUGUGGCGUUCAUACUGGCUUUCGGUAUUGGUGCCAACGAUGUGGCUAACUCGUUUGGGACCAGCGUCGGCUCCAAGGUGCUCACACUUACGCAGGCUUGCAUACUUGCAACUAUCUUCGAGAUCGCAGGCUCUGUGCUCAUAGGAUAUAAGGUAUCGGACACAAUGCGUAAAGGCAUUCUGGACGUGUCGUUAUAUGCUGAUGGGGGUGAGAAGCUGUUAGCUGCGGGAUGUCUGUCGGCGCUGAUCUCUGGCGCCAUCUGGCUGAUCGUGGCCACGGCGCUGCGGCUGCCUGUGUCUGGCACGCACUCCAUGGUCGGGGCCACUGUGGGCUUCACGCUCACUGCUAAAGGCCCUGUAGGUGUGCGCUGGUCUACACUCGGAGCUAUUGUGUUGUCAUGGUUCAUAUCUCCAGCGUUGAGUGGCACGGCGUCCGCCAUCCUGUACUGGCUGGUGCGCCGCUUCAUCCUCCGGGCGACGCAGCCUGUCAAGUCGGGGCUGACGGCGCUGCCAUUCUUCUACGGGGCCACCAUGGCCGUCAACGUGCUGAGUGUGGUGCAUGAUGGGCCUAAGCUGUUGGCCAUGGACAACAUCCCGCUGUGGCUGGCGCUAGUGUGCUCCCUCGCGCUGGGGGCCUUAGUGGCGGUGUGUGUGCGCAUGUUCCUCGUGCCCUACUACAAACGCCGGCUCGUUGCUCCGCCAGUCAACUUCUCGCUUGGAUUAUCUAACGAAACAACUCCAGCGAACACUCCAACUCACUCAAACAAAAGCAGCAUUCCACAACGACCAACGUCCCUGUUAUCUGAAGAUGGUAAAGUGCUCGAAGCGAUCGCAGAAAGUGCUGAGAUGGUCACCCUCAGUGACGCCGACAAGACAUCAGUUGGCGUGAUGAACGCCAGGAACCGAGCACUCCUGGCUACCAUGGACGACUGCAGCAUCCUGUCCAGAAGUCUCAGUCCACCAAACAAGUCUCGCUUACAACUGAUAGACGCAGAUCCACAGAUUAACACCUUGAAGUACAUAGAUGAAACGUUGAGUUGUUGCAAAAGUUUGGAUUCGGCGCAAAUGGCUGGCAUGGGCGAGAGUUACGACUCUAGGAACGGUUUCUUGGGCGAUUCGUGUGACACGAUCGCGCGCGGGGAGUUCGACAGACUGGCGGCAGCUAGGGCAACGCAUUGUGUGGAAUUUGAUACACCACCACCACGGCUUGAUAAGGGUCCGGACGGCGGCAGCGCGUGGAGCAUCGAGCGGUGCGCGGGCGUGGAGGCGGUGAGCGCGCGCGCGGCGGGCAUCACUCCCAACUCGAGCGCGGCGCCGCUGCUGCGCGCCGUGUCCCCGCCGCCCGCGCCGCCGCCGCCCCCGCCGCCCGACGCGCUGCGACUCUUCUCCUUCCUCCAGGUCCUCACUGCCACCUUUGGAGCAUUUGCACACGGUGGCAAUGAUGUAAGUAAUGCAAUUGGACCUCUGGUGGCUCUGUGGCUGUUAUACUCCGAGGGAGGAGCUCACUCUCGGGCGGAGACUCCUCUGGCCAUCCUGGUGUUUGGCGGUGUCGGCAUCGCGCUGGGACUCUGGCUAUGGGGCCGUCGUGUCAUCCGUACUGUUGGCGAAGAUCUAACUAGCAUUACACCUGAUACUGGUUUCACCAUUGAGCUGGGCGCCGCUCUGACUGUCCUGGUGGCCAGCAAGGCUGGGCUACCAGUUUCCACAACUCAUUGCAAAGUUGGCUCGGUCGUCUGCAUCGGAUAUUUCUCCGACAAACCUGUUGAUUGGAGUUUGUUUCGGAACAUAAUAUUCGCGUGGGUGGUGACUGUCCCUGCGGUGGCCGCCAUUGCGGCGCUCGCCAUGCUGGCCCUAGAAACAUUCGUCGUAUAGAUUACUUUGUUCCAACAUCGAGGCGUAUACUUAGAUAUUAUAGUAAUCAAUUCCUAGUUUCCUUCUUUGAUGGGCCAUUGUUCAGCGUAAUGUUGUAGUCACUUCAGCGAGACUCGAACUUUUAUUUCUCAAAAACGUUGUUAUUUUCGUUAAUGAAUUUGUAAACCUGCAAGGACUAUUAAUUACAUAAAUGAGCGCAGCCGUUAUAUACAAUGUACGGUCGCUACGAUCUAAUCUAUGUUUGUAGAUGAUACAUAGGAUGUCGCAAAUAUUGUUCUUUUUCCUUCUACUACUUACUAACUGAAAUGUAAUAGUUGUUAGAUUAAUUCUACAUAGUUAGUCCUAGGACCAAAAUUCUCGUCAAUGCACCUUUUCCGUACCUAUACUACAACUUCUACUGAUCUUAGUACUCAUUAGACGAACUGUGAUUAAAAAUCUAAUUAAAAUAAGAUAUUAAAAUAUAUUACCUAAUUGUUACUAAGUUUUACUUCAUAGUUACAAGUUGAACUCAAUCUGAUUGUGUCUUUAAAUGAACGGAACUAUUUAAAUUCUAGGAUUCAAUAUUUAUAUUCGUUACUUGUAGAACAGACUCAGUAUCUUCCUGAUUAUUACAGAUUCUUUAAAGGUCUUACUGUAUUGGAAAAGGAAUUGCUGAAAUACAUAUUUAUUUUGAGUCCAUUUUAUGUCAAAGAGUACCUAAAUUGGUAGUUAUUAGCUACACAUAAUGUAGUUUGUACUAAAUAAAAAAUUGAAGAAACUGGAAUUCGCUGUAUCGUGAAUUUUGAUAACGUUUAUCACGCGUAGGUACCUGAUUAUACAUUGAUAUUGUACGGAAACGCCUUCGGAGCGCAAGUGCUAGUCUUAUUUACUGCAUGCUAGCUAUGAUUGUACCAGUUGCACUGGCCUACUAAUGUUAAUGUGUGUGUAUUUCACAUUCAUAGAGGACUGACUAUUAGGAGUAGAUGAGAGAGGCUUAAAGAUAGCCAAGGCAAAGGAUAACACUGUUGUAUUGAUUCAUUGUGAAAUUAUCUUUGUUUAAUAAUUGCGAUAAGUGGGAUAUUGUAUGAUGCAAUUUCCCUCAAGAGCACUUAAAGUCAAUUCUGAAGUGCUGAUGUUAGCUCGACGUACUUAUUAUAGGAGUAUCUAAAAUCUAUGUACUAUAUCGAACGACUCAAUAUUUUUCGUCCCUCGUUGUUACCGAUGUUUCAAAACUAUUUGUUCAUAAGAAUGUCAUACAAGAAAAUAUACUUAGCGUUAUUUAUACAUUGGCAAUGCAUCGCGUUUUUUGUAAACAAAUAAAUGUGUCGUAUGGAUUUCAAACUACUUAACAAUAGGAUUAUUAUUGUUGAAUAAACAUAGUUGAAAAUG